UGAGAGAAAGACGCUAUAAAAAUAAUUCAUUAUCCUGAAAUAACUAAUAUUAAGUCUAAUACUAGUUAAGUUUCAAAAUUUGUGAGCAACAUGUUAUCGUUUUUGAAGAAUCUAUGGGAUUCUAUGGAUGCCGAGAAGCAGAAGCGGAUGUACGCCGAAAAACUAGAAGAAGAACAACGCCACCUGGAUGCAGAAAUUGAAAAGGAAGAGAAUAAAAAGAUUGAAUAUGGCGAUACUUCAAAAAUGCAAACUAUAUUGAGGUCUCUUAACGGAUCAGAAAAUGACGAAGUGACUACCACUAGUAAGGAAGAGGGCACGUGUUUCGAACGGCUUGGCGUAAUAACCACAUUAAAAAGUAACCAUGGCACCAUUGACCAUUCAAUAUUUUUUGAUAUUAACGUUGCUGGCGGUUUGGCGAGUGACUUGAAAGUCGGUUGUCCUGUUAAGUACUUGGCAUUUCAACAAGUACAUAGUGAUCACAUUAAAGUGGUACAAAUCAAGGAAGUAUCCGAAUUAUAUUGGGAUGAAUCUUUACCCACCCCGGAAAAGAUCGAACAACAAAUAACAGAGCUUCGCAAUGAAAAACCGAAAUUUUUCAAUACCCAUCAACGUAAUAUACUCGGUCUUAUAAUGGAGCGUAAGCCCGGAGCUAUUGUCGUUGAUACCGAGCAUAAGUUGAUGAACAUUAAUUUAGAUACAGUAGAAAUCGAUUUCAUACCACAAGCUGGUGAUCGUGUUUUUAUCUGCUGCAACGUACAAAGUGAUGAGCAUUUCGUUAAUCGCCACGGUGAAGUACUACAGGAGGUUAGCGUACACCCAGCUCGCUUACUCAAACAAGAAAAAUGUGAAGUGCGGCGUUUAAAUUCAGACUGGGGUGUAUUAAACGAUGAUUGCUAUUUUACAUUUGAUAUUGUGUCCAAUACAUGUAAACUCAAUGUAGGCGAUAUUGUAAUAGCAGAUCUGAUCGAAUGUGAAAGAGAUCCGUACAUUUGGCGCUGCAUUAAAUUAUCGCUACUGGAACGCAUAGUGCCACAGCCAACGACGCCCGCCGGAACUAAGAAACCAAUAAACGGAGAAAGACGCUCAACGCCGAAAGCACGGAACGAAAGUAAUCAUGCAAUUACGGUUUCCGAAGAUCAACGUUGCGUUUUUUCUAGCACUUUUAAGACCGAAAAGGUUGAAAUUAUAAUCAAAAAUAAUACAGAACGGAAAAUGCGAGUACUUUCCAUCGAAUUUUUAGGGCGCCGACGUGAUUCACAAGUUAAACUUGUAGAUCCCGAACUCGAUGAAACCAACUUUGAACUGCCCGGUCAUGGUAGUCGUACGUUACACUUUGAAGUAGAAUCUAAGUUCUAUGGUGAAUCUCGCGAAGUGUUCCUCAUUAAAUUUGAAACGUUCCGUGUAAAGCGUUCUAUUUCGAUAGUCGUGUGCGAAACGGAAGCCGAGGCCGAGGCCGCACGUGCUCAAACAUCUAAUAGUAUUGCAAAUAUAUCGCCAAGUAUGCAUGUUAUGCGACAGCGUUCACGUCAUUACGCCAAUCAAGUGUGGUCCAAUAAAGGUGAAGUUAUACCAGGUGUUGGUUUGGCAACAAAGCGCCGCUUUUUGUCACAUCGCAUUGCCUUUUACGAGGUACCCGAACGCUUACGCUAUACUUACUUGACAGCAUCCAAUCGUCAAGAAAUGGUAGACAACUUAGAGGGUAUGUUCCCCUGCCUGAAAGAGGAACUAAAUAUAAAGAACUACGCCAUAAGAUUCCAAACAUUAGUGUAUCUGGAGGAAGUUGAAUAUUUUGUGAAUUUUCGCAACUAUGAUCGUGAGAGGGCACAUUUCACACGUGACGGCGAGUUUUUGUCACUCACUAUUGAGAAUCUUUCUGAACGCCGACCAUCACUCGUUAUUGGAGACACUGUGCGUGCCAUUAAUCCUUGGUGCAAUGAAGACGAUAAACGCAGUUAUGAUGGCGUUAUCCACAAAGUGCUUUUCAAUCGCAUUUUACUAAAAUUUAACGAAGGAUUCCAGUCAAAAUAUAAUGGCGAAGACUUUCGACUAGAGUUUUACUAUUCGCGUUUUUGUUUUCGUAAACAACACUACGCUGUCAGUCGUAUAAUAAAAAACGUUGGCGAACAAUUUCUCUUUCCCUCUCGUGUUUAUACACGUGAUAAUCCCCAAUUACAAAUUGAGUUAGACAGCGAUAAUAAUCUCAUGCUGCAGGGGACGCGUUGUCCCUGGUUUAAUCCACUAUUAAAUCCCAUACAAAAGCGCGCCAUACGGAAUAUUUUACGUGGCGAAGCACAAAAUAUGCCCUACAUAAUAUUUGGUCCUCCAGGCACCGGUAAAACAAUGACACUAGUCGAAACUAUAUUACAGCUGGUUAAACUCAUUCCUAGUUCUCGCUUACUCAUUGGCACACCCUCAAAUGGAUCAGCGGAUUUGAUAACAACGCGUUUAAUAGCAUGCAAACAAUUGCAGCCGGGCGAUUUUGUGCGCUUAGUUUCUCAAAAUCAAAUCGAAAAGGAACUAAUACCAGAUCAUCUAAUGCCGUAUUGUGCCACUGUUGAUAUGGCUGCCGAUGGCACUUGCGACGACUCGAUGAUUGUCACAGAAUCAGGCAUGAAACUACGUUGUCAAAUGAAGUAUUUGGGACGUCAUCGACUCACUAUCAGCACAUGCACCACACUAGGUAAUUUUCUGCAAAUGGGAUUUCCACCUGGUCAUUUUACACAUCUGCUCAUCGAUGAGUCCGGUCAAUGUACUGAACCCGAAAUUAUAGUGCCAAUGUCCUUGCUGUCUCAGAAGCGCAGUCAAGUAAUACUGGCUGGAGAUCCACAUCAACUGCAAGCAAUUGUAAUUAACCGAUUUGCCUCUGAACGUGGCUUAUCACUAUCAUUGCUGGAACGCAUACUAGGACGAACACCAUAUCUGCGCGACCUGAUGCGUUUCCCCGACACGUCGGGUUUCGAUCCGCGCUUGGUAACAAAGUUGCUCUAUAAUUAUCGUGCCUUGCCGUCCAUACUCAACGUGUACAGUGAGUUGUUCUACGACUCUGAGUUGCGUGCUAUGAUAAAUGAGAAUGAUUCGCGUGAGGCUGAUAUGUUGAAAAAUCUUGAUGCGCUGUUACCCGCAUCAGAGAAACGACCAAAAUCGCAUGGCGUCUUCUUCUACGGCACCCGCAGCGAAAAUAAACAGGAAGCCGAUUCACCCUCAUGGUUCAAUCCACUCGAAGCCAGAAAUGUGUUUUUAAUGACCAUAAAGUUAUAUCGUCAAGGCAUUCAACCGGAAAAUAUCGGCAUAAUAACGCCUUAUAUGAAACAAGUGAAACAUUUGCGUACACUCUUUAUCGAAGCGGAUAUCGCCAUGCCGAAAAUUGGCUCCGUAGAAGAAUUUCAGGGACAGGAGCGCGACAUUAUCCUUAUCUCCACAGUGCGUUCUUCGCAGAAAUUAAUUAGUCGGGACUUGCGUCACGCUUUAGGCUUUGUUCAAAGCUCCAAACGCAUGAAUGUAGCCAUUUCACGGGCACGCUAUCUAAUGUUUAUAUUUGGAAAUCCUCACUUGCUUUACUUAGAUCACUGUUGGCGUACGUGCAUCAAGUAUUGUGUAGACAAUGAAGCGUAUCUUGGCUGUGAUCUGCCAGAUGACUUUCACACUAGACCGGAACAAGAUGAGCAGAAUGUAAAUUAUUAUACAUUUGAAAUCACAUCAAAAUCGGCGGUACCCGCUUAAUGUUUGCAAGUAAAAAGUGAAAUUAAAAACCCUAUGCAAUUGCUAAAAAAUUUCAACGAAAUUCACUAGACAGUUAAUUGCAGCAACUGCCCUAUAACUUUAACUUCAGUUAGUAAUUUAAAAUUAUCGAUGUUUUUCUUUUUACAUUAUUUACAUUGUACGAAUAAGUUUUUAUUUAAGUGUGGCAUACCAAGGAGUUGCUUUGUAAAACAGAGGUUCAACCUUUACCAGUACGGAAUCUUUCAAAAACUUAAAAUUUACGUAUAUAGAUAUGAUA